GUUGCGUAACCUUCUGCGUUGCAUCGACCUCGUGAACUAUAGCGAGGGAGCGGGGGGCUAUCCGCGAUUAUAUGUGGAUGCAAGUACUCGCUCGGACAGUUUGUGGCCUAUUCUUGGCCGUCCUUGUCCUCUUCGUUUUCGUCACUCUCUUUUCAUCGUUCCGCAGUUCACUGCAGUGUUUUUCCCGGUCUCUUACGAAAUUCGCUCAGUACUUGGCUUGACUCUGCGAGCUAAAGGUUAUACCUGGAAGCUUGGGGACGAAGGUCGCUGAAUCUGGAAGGCGUGGAAAGGGAUUCAGAGAAGAUUGCUGAGCGAUUGAAGAAGGAAGAGCUCGCGCCAUUGGUUGGGAUCCGCUGAUUUGACCAGACAGGUGUGCUUGCGUGUUCGCCGUCUUUCUAUUCUUGGCUGCUGCCGCUGUUAUUCCGUCACCUACGAUAGCGCGGGACAUACCGAGGCAGAUAAGAGUGGUGUGGAGCGUAAAAAGUGCGUGGUGGACAAGUGUUUUCGGCGGUAAAUUCUUCUGAGUCACGAUGAGGUUUGAGACGAAUCUCGGUAGCACGAGCUGGCGCAACUGGCGAACCAGCACGAGCAAUCUGCUAUGUUUUCCCGGGGGCGCAUCCCGGCAGUCCGGGAUGGGCAGUUCUGCCAUCUCGCCAUGCGCGGCGUGCAAGUUUUUGCGGCGAAAAUGCACGAGCGAGUGCCUGUUCGCUCCGUAUUUCCCGCCGGAUCAGCCGCAGAAGUUCGCCAACGUGCACAAGAUCUUUGGCGCUAGCAAUAUCACCAAGCUGUUGCACGAUUUGCCAGUCCAUCAACGCGAAGAUGCUGUGAACAGUCUCGCCUACGAGGCGGACGCUCGAGUCAAAGAUCCUGUCUACGGGUGCGUUGGCGCCAUCUCCGUUCUGCAACAACAAGUUGCUCAUCUACAGGCCGAGUUGGCAAUCGCUCACGCCGAGAUUCAGCGGCUUCACAAUGCAGCAGCGAACUCCGGAUCGAUACCAGUUUCCUCGAAGGACCUGUUAGAGCUGGGCGCCGGCGGCGCCGGCGGAUCUUACGACACCGCUUUCACCGUCAGCGACGACGCUCUUCGACAACAACUCUCCGAGCAGAUGUCCUCUCAAAUGCACAAUAUCACGCAACAAAUGGGCAGUCAGCUAGCAGCGCAGCUAUAGUUGUCCAUCUGGGUAUCUAGGUGGGAGAAACUCUACGUAGGCUUACCUCGCGAAAGAGAGGAUUUCCGUCUCAUUGAUGCUCCAGCAGCGCUUUGUGUGCUUUCUUACUUGCUGAAGAACGGAUCCAUGUAUACUGUGGACCUAUCGAGCAGUUUGUUUUGUACCGUACGUAGGAAGGAGGAAGGAGAGAGGAGGGGAUCGGAGGCUCUCUAGUCAUUUCAGGCUUCGGCAUAGAUCUGAUAUCGUGCUUGCAAGAGUGAUGAGCGGUUGCUUUGUCGAUCGCAUACGAGGAAAGGAGUGGUUGGAGCAGCAGGGAACUUCAUUAUUGUCACUCACGUUGGGACAGGUCUUCGAAGAGCGCAGGAAACGAGGGCGUAUGACCGAUGAGCACUUGUGACUACUUGCCACCCGGAAGGGGAAUACCACAGGGUUCUGACACGAAGAUACAACUAAGGGCCCUUUGCGUCGAUCCACGGGAAAGGCGAGGUAUGUAUGAUGCAUGUUCUCGCUCUUUUUGAGGAAACGAUUGCUUGAGGUUGCUUGAGGUUGCUGCAGGCUGUGGGUGGAAGAGAACCGUUGAGGGAAGGAGCCGGCAGGACCAAUCGCGCGGUGUAAUUAAUGCUAGCCCUGUUUCUGUAGGGGUUAAGCCGAAAAGUGAUGACAAGUGUGCUGCUCCGGGCGCUCCUGUAUUGCCUUAAAACGAUUCUUUCGUUUGGUUUUCCAUUGCGUUGGUGCCUGUCUAAUUGCAGAGCAGCAGGUUUGCUAUGCGUGUAGCGUAGUUGUCCUGUGCUCUGAUCCGUCUCGGCGUCCAGUUUCGAGCUGGAUCGUCGCCUUUGGCCCUCACGUCGUGUCAGUUAUAGUGAAGGGAGGAUGUUGACGUCUUUAGUCGUCGUUGAUCUUCGUUCCUUCGUUGCUCUUUUGUAGCGUAGUUGUCCUGUGCUCUGAUCCGUCUCGGCGUCCAGUUUCGAGCUGGAUCGUCAACUUUGGCCCUCACGUCGUGUCAGUUAUAGUGAAGGGAGGAUGUUGACGUCUUAAGUCGUCGUUGAUCUUCGUUCCUUCGUUGCUCUUUCCUGAUGAUAAGGAAAGGUUGCUGUACCGAGGGGGCAGUUUGCCUAUUUGGAGGGAACUUGGCACCGAUCCUCUUCGUCGUGUAAGCUGAUAGUCCUACUUAGAGAGGAAGAGGCUGCUCGAUUGUUUGACUGUCGGUGAGCGGUAUCAACGACUGUCAAGCGUUGAUGUCCUAACGCGUGUCCGUGAAACCUUCGACGAAAACUCUGUCAGAGGCAUGCUCUUGUCGUUGGAAUGGUGUUUAGGAAACAAUGAACAGAGACGAAAGAAACGCCAACGAAUAUGCUUUGCGCCAAGUUCAUGAGCGCAUCCAACCCGUGUGUGCGUGUGAGAGAGGGGGGAGGACUGGCAAAGGCGGGGCUUCGCUAUGAUGAGCGAGCGAGCGAGCGAGC